AUGUCAAUAAUAUUAAAUAAAAGUUUUAAUCUUAUUUUUGCUAAAUAUUUUCAUUCAUUUAGUGUAAGAAACCAAAAUAAAUUGUUCUUGUUAAAAAAUAAUUCCGAGAAAAUAAGUUAUGAUUUAAAGAUGAAUGUAAGCAUUUACAAAAACAAGGUGUUUAAUACCAAAGAUAUUGUUGAUGUGAGCAUAAAUCAAAAGGACUUAAAAGUGGAAUUAUCUAGUUUUAAGGAUGACUUUUAUAAAAUAAAAAAAGAAAGUGUUAAUAUUGAUGAAUUAGAGAAAAUUGAUGUAUCAUGUACCAAUACAAAUGAAUUUACUGAAAAAGAGAAAGAUGAAACAAAUACAUUAAAUUACAAUGUAGAUGAAUUAAGAUGUUUAUACUUUUUUUUCUUAAUAAAUUUAUUAAGAUUUAAAAAUAACUUAGACUUAAAUUUGAUAAAAAACGUUUGUAAUGAAAUUAAUAAUGUCACAUCAUCAAAUGUUUCUUUUAAAAAUAAUUUUUUACAUAGUGUAACUUUAAAAAAUUUUCUUGUUGGUAUUUUAAAAAAGUGUGGUAAAGUUGAGUAUAAUUUAAAUGAUUUCUAUAGUUCUAUAAAUAUCAUCCUUGAAAAAUGUAGUAUUUUGUUUUUAAAUGCAUACAAAACGAUUUCUUACUGUAAAUACUUAACUUGUUGUUUAUGUAGUAUUUUUGAAUUAUUUAAUUUGAAUUGUGAUGUUCUUUUUAAAAACUCAUUUAACAACAACGUAAAUAAUAGUAAUAUCCAUUCAAUCAAUAAUUUGAUAUCUAGUAUAAAAUGGAUGAUUCAUGAUUCUAAAGUUGAAAAAAAUAAUGAGUUGUCUAAAAGGUUUAGUUCAAACAUGUUGCUGUUUGUUUACAUGCAAAGUAAAUUAAGCGACGAAUGUGAAUAUUUCAUGAAUUUAAUUAAUCAAAAUUUCAAAAAUUGUAUUGAUAAUUAUAAAGCGGAGUGUGUUGAAGAAAUGACUUCCUUGAAUAUAUAUAUUGAUGUUAUAUACAAAAAUAUUAAUGAAAACAUUAGAUCCCAUAUUGAAAAUGUAUUAGAUAUUGCAAAUAAAAUAUUACCAUUAUAUAUAAAUAAAUUAAAGGAUUUUCUUCUUUCGAAUGAAAUUAUUAUAAAUGAAAAUACUGAUUUAAAAAAGCCCCCUUCAAAUGGAUUUAUUGUUGAUUUUAAAUCUGAAGAUAAUUUGGAAUUUUUACUUUUGGGAGUUUAUGAAAACUAUUUAAGAAAUAUUGCAAAUAUGUUUCUUGAAGCUUCCAGGAAAAACGAAUUACAAAAAAAUAAAGAAAUGAAUAGGGUAUAUAACAGUCUGUUAAUUUUUUUAACAGAUAUUAUUAUGCAUAUGAAUAUUAUGUAUGAUAUAAAAGCUUACAACAAAGCGAUAUCGCAAAUUAUGAAAAGCAAAAAAGUUUCUAGUUCAGUACAUAAUAUAGGAAUUGGAUGCUUUGACUUUAAAAACUUUCUUUAUUCCCUUAUAUCAAAGGAAAAUUCAAAAUUAAAAUUAGAAAAUGAAAAUGAAAUAAUGAAAGAUAAGAAAAUUAUUACUAAUCGUUUUUUUAAUUUCCUCAAUGAUAAUUUUUUACCAUAUAAGUUUGAAGAAGAAAUUAAUGAAAUAUUAAUGCAGAAAAAUAUCAACUUUAUCCUCAAGGUUCCAAAAGGAACAAAAGAUUUUACUGGAGAAGAUAUGCAAUUAAGAAAUAUUUUUUUUGAUUUUAUAAAAAAGAAAUUUUUAUUACAUGGUGCAGUUGAAAUUGAUACACCUGUAUUUGAAUUAAAAGAAACAUUAACUGACAAAUAUGGAGAAGAUUCCAAAUUAAUCUUUGAUUUAAAAGACCAGGGAGGGGAAAAUUUAUCCUUAAGAUAUGACUUAACUGUACCUUUGUAUCGUUUUAUUAAUACUAAUGAUAUUAAUCAAUUAAAACGAUUUCAUAUAGGAAAGGUAUAUAGAAGAGAUGAACCAAGUAUGAAUAGAGGUAGAUUUAGAGAAUUUUAUCAAUGUGACUUUGAUAUUGUAGGAAAGUAUGAUAAGCUUCGUACCGACUUUCAUAUAUUGUACAUUUUCUGGGAUAUAUUAAGUAACUUAAGGAAUGUUAUUGGUAACUUUAAGUGUAAGCUUAAUCACAGGAAAAUUUUAGAAUAUAUUCUAAUUUCUUCUAAUAUUCCAAAAGAUAAAGUUAAAACAAUAUCUAGUAGUAUAGACAAAUUAGAUAAAAUAACAUUUCAGCAAUUUAGAGAGGAAUUACUAAAUGAAAAAGGUAUUCCUGUUGAAUCUGUUGAUAAAAUAGAAGAAUACAUUUCUAAAACACUUAGCUUAUCUCCGUUUUUGGUUAUUGAAUUUCUUAGAAACGAUUUAAACCAAUCAAAUUUUGGUGAAACAUAUAAAAAUGAAGUUCUUGAAGUUAUAAACCACUUAGAACAAAUUUUUGAAUUACUAAAACAUUUUAAUAUGGUCAAUCAAUUUGCAUUUGAUUUAUCUUUAGCGAGAGGACUUGAUUAUUAUACUGGUAUAAUUUUUGAAUUUGUUCUUUUAUCAGAAACAAGUAUAGGAAGUAUAGCUGCAGGAGGAAGAUAUGAUUAUUUAAUAAGAAACAAAAGAAAAGAGUAUAUUCCAUCUGUUGGUGCAUCAAUUGGUAUUGAAAGAAUUAUAACAAUUGCUGAACAAUUCAUAAAAAAAAAAAAUUUAGUUUUAACAGGUAGUGAACAUAAAAAUGAUUUAGUAAGUAAGGAAAGUAGUAGCAAUAACACAUCCAAGUUAAAUUUGAAAGAUAAUUCAAUAGAUGUUCUUGUAUGCAAUAUAAAAAAAAAUUGUUUUAAAGAAACAAUAGAAUUAUGUAAGAAAUUGUGGGAACAUGAUAUUUCUACUGAGUUUACAUAUGUUAAAGAUCAAAGGAUACAAAAACAACUGGUUUAUGCUCUAGAAAAACAAAUACCUCUUGUUGUCAUAAUUGGUGAUGAAAUUGAAAAAGGAAUUGUAAAAUUACGAGAAUUAACCUAUGAUAAAAAUAAAUCAGUAGAAGAAAAAGAAGUAAAUAUAAAUAACAUCGUUAGUGAAAUAAAUAAUUAUUUUAGAAAUAAUUUAUCUUGGAAAAAAAAUAUUACAAACAUUUUAUUUGAAAAAAAAGAUUAA